AAUGGAAUAACAAUUGAUUGAAUAUUUCCCUCUUAAUACUUUAAUGCUUAUUAAUGGUUCAUUCCCUAUGCCACUCAUGAUCACUAAAAAACUAUUCAAUACACAAUAUGAAAAAACUACUCCCACCAUCUAAAUGAAAAAAAAAAUUAGAAAGUUUUAUCAUAAAAGACAUUUCCUAUUCAAAAAAUUUGAUUAAGGAAUUGUUUUAGAUGAAGAAUCAUGGUACUCAGUUGUACCUGAAGAAGUUGCUUCAUAUAUUGCUGAACGAUUGCAUAAAAGAAUCAAUGAUCAAAAAAUCAAUAUAAAAUAAAUUAUUGAUGGAUUCUGUGGCUCUGGCGGUUUAGCCAUUUAAUUAGCUCAUAAAUUCAAUAAUCUUUUGUGUAUUGAUCUAGAUCCUAUUAAAUUGUAAAAUUUAAAAGCCAAUUCACUUAUUUACUAAAAAACAAUUUAAACCCAACUUAAUGAUUUUUUAUUGUUUGAAUGUGAGUUUGAUGAGAAUAUUAUAUUGACUUUAUGUCCACCUUGGUAUAUAAAGAUAUUUAUUAAUUUUUAGGGGUGGAUUAAAUUAUCAUAAAAAAGAAGUUUAUGAUCUUGAAAAAGACAUGACUCCUAAUUUAAGUGAUAUUUUGAGAAAGGCUUUUUCUAUAAGUUGUAACAUUGUUCUUCAAUUACCUAAGAAUAUAUCAAUUUCAUAAUUAAUUACUAUAAUUCAAUAAUAAUCAUAAGAUUUAAACUUUAAACGAUACUCUCUUGAGAUAGAAAUGAUUUAUAUUAAUAAUUAAAUAAGUUAAUUGUUUGUGUAUUUUGGAAAUAUAGUGA